AUGAAGAGGAGUAGCAGCUUCCUUCUUGCUUCGGUGCCGUUGCUGUGCCUGCUGUCCGUCCUGUCCGCCGUCACCGUACAGAGCUUUUCAAAGUCGCACCAUAUUGUUACGUUUGGUGGCGCCGCGUGGGGCCCUGUGGUGAGCGAAAAGGAGGUAGAGCUCAAACGAGCGAUUGUUGCAGACGUUGGGACCCAGCUGCUGCGCAAGUACGCCUUUUUGACCAUCAUCAAUGUGAGCUCCCUGUCCGUUGGUGGGCACUUCGAGGCUCGCCUCACCGUGGCGCAGGCGCCGCGGAGCAAUAGUUCCAGCUCGCGGCUUCUGCACAUUUGGCCACCAGAUGAAGUCAAUUCCAUGAUCGCUCAGUGUACGUUCAGCAAAACAUUGGCGCUCCAUACGCCGUCGGAAGCGGCAAAUCUCAUCAGUGUGCGAAUUCCCAGCCUCGGCAAAAAUGUGAGUGAGUACAGCAUCUUAAGCGCGCGCGUAAUUGUGGUGGGGAUUCUCAGCAUAAUUGCGAUGGUCGUUCUCCUACUCGUUGUGCUUGUCUGGAUGUGCUGCCAGUGUUGUAACGAGAAUUAUGACGAGCGCAAGCCGUAUCAACCUCAUCCGAAUGGGAUCAAAUAG